AUGUCCAACGCAAAUCACAACGAGGAUAAGCCUGCCGCUGAGCGCGACCCGGAGACGGAAAUUGCGGCAUCUGAAGAGGAAGAAAUCACGGCCAUGAAGCGUCGUGUGGCCGAAAUGGAGGAGGAAGCCAAGAAGCUGCGCGAGAUGCAGGCCACCUUGGAGCAGCAGUCGGCCGAUUUGGCGGAUGACAAGGAGUCGGUUGAUGCGCGAAGCAUCUUUGUCGGAAACGUCGACUACUCUGCUUCUCCCGAGGAUAUUCAGGCUCACUUCCAAAGCUGCGGAUCGAUCAACCGCGUGACUAUCCUCUUGGAUAAGUUUACAGGCCAGCCAAAGGGAUACGCCUAUGUUGAGUUUACAGAACCCAGCCUGGUCGCCCAGGCCCUCAUCCUUAACGAAAGCGUCUUCAAGGGCCGCAACAUCAAGGUUACACCCAAGCGUACCAACGUUCCCGGCAUGAGUCGAGGCCGUGGACGAGGCGGCUUCCGUGGAGGUCGAGGAUUCCACGGUCGGGGUGGGUUCCCUCGUGGAGGCUACCGCGGCGGCUAUAGGGGCCGUGGCCGGGGAGCUCACGCGCCUUACUAG